AUGCCCCCAUCCCAUCACGACUCUUUUCAGAGUCCCCCAUUUCGUUACAUCGGAGAUGGAAGCUGUGAUGGCUUCGAACAACCAGGCAAGUACAAGGGAGGCGGGCUGCACCCGGUCCCGCUCGGCAAUAUCCUGUCCGAGCCGUCGUCGUGUGUAUCCGAUUGUAAAAUGCAUCCGGGGUACCGCGUCGUUGUGAAACUUGGGUACGGCGAAUUCGCCACAGUCUGGCUGGCUGUGGACAUCCAGGAUGAGCAGACGCUUUUUGUCGCAAUCAAGAUCUGCGAAGCAUUUGAAUCGUCUUCGCCCAAGUCAUCCCCUUGGACCAGUGAAGAAGCGAUACUGAAAUCGCUGUCGUCGCCACGGUGCCGUCAUUGA